AUGCUCAGCAGAAUUAACCUUCAAAAGUCUGUUGUUUCCGCAGCAAGACAAGGUUUAAAAACCACAAGAUCUUAUUCUCUUGCGGCCACUUAUUUUCCAAAUGAACCAAAAUCUCCAGAAUUAAUCACUGAUUCAAUUCCAGGACCUAAGAGUCUUGCCUCUAACGAGGAAUUGGGUGAAGUUUUCGAUAAUAGAGCUGCUUAUUUUGUCAGUGACUAUACUAAUUCCGUAGGAAACUAUUUAAGUGAUGCUGAUGGAAAUCGUUUAUUGGAUGUCUAUGCACAAAUUUCAUCGAUUGCUCUUGGAUACAACAAUCCAGCAUUGAAAGAAACCGCCAAGCUGGACGAAAUGGCCACUGCAUUGAUCAAUAGACCUGCCUUGGCUUGUUUCCCUCUGACUGAUUAUGGGAAAGUAUUAAAGGAAGGGAUUUUGGCAGCUGCACCACCUGGAUUAAGUAAAGUAUGGACUGCACUUUCCGGGUCUUGUGCCAAUGAAACCGCCUUUAAAGCUGCCUUCAUGUAUCAAGCAGCAAAGAGAAGAGGAUCAAUGGAUUUCACUGCUGAAGAAUUGACCUCAGUAAUGCAAAAUAAAACUCCUGGUGCUUCAGAUGCAGUCAUUUUAUCAUUUGAAAAGGGAUUCCAUGGUAGAUUAUUUGGAUCUUUAUCAACCACUAGAUCCAAGGCAAUCCAUAAAAUGGAUAUUCCUGCAUUCCCAUGGCCAGUUGCACCAUUCCCAAAAUUAAAAUAUCCAUUGGAUGAAUUUAAACAUGAAAACUUAGCUGAAGAAGAUCGUUGUUUAGCUGAAUUGGAAGAAAUUUUCCAUUCAUACCCAAAGGAAAUUGCUGCCAUUAUUGUUGAACCGGUUCAAUCUGAAGGUGGUGAUAACCAUGCAUCUGCCCGUUACUUCCAAGGUCUUAGAGAUCUUACUAUGAAGUAUGAAAUCUUGAUGAUUGUGGAUGAAGUGCAAACUGGGGUUGCAGCCACUGGUAAAUUCUGGGCCCAUGAACAUUGGAAUUUGACCACUCCUCCAGAUAUGGUUACCUUUUCCAAAAAAUUCCAAGCCGCUGGUUUCUAUUUCAGAAACCCAGACUUACAACCUCAUCAACCAUUCAGACAAUUCAACACUUGGUGUGGAGAUCCAUCCAAGGCAUUGAUUGCCAGAACUAUUUAUCAAGAAAUUUCUAAAAACAACCUUGUUGAAGCAACUGCUCAAGUUGGUGAUUACUUAUAUAAAGGAUUAUCGGAAAUUUUGGCCAAAUACCCAACCAAGGUUAAGAACUUGAGAGGUGAAAACUUUGGUACUUUUAUUGCUUGGGAUUUCAUUGGAGCUAGUGAAAGACAAGAAUUCUUGGACUCUUGCCGUGCUCAUGGUAUUAAUAUGGGUGGAUGUGGUGAUUUUGCAGUUAGAUUGAGACCAACUUUGGUAUUUGAAAAGAAUCAUGCUGAUAUUUUCCUUGCCUUAACUGAAGAUAUCAUGAAGAAAUUGUACACAUAA